GGCAGCAAGAGAAGCCAUCAAAAGUACCACCACCAGUUUUGAGAAGUUGCACGGACCCUCAUCAACUCCUAUAUAGCUUCGCUUGCACCGCCAUAAAACGCCCGUCAUUUGGCGCGCAAAUUUGAAACAGAGUUUAUUGCCAGCCUUCUUGAUCCCAAAAUCUAAAGGGCAGAGCGUUGCAAGCCAGCAGUGUCAAUAUGGGGCGUUGUCCCAACAACAAAAACAAAGGGAAGAGGGGGAAAGGGUUACUGCACAAGCAAGCAAGCCGGGGGAAGUUUCUGCGGAAAGGUGACGAUAUGAUCUAUGACGCCCUAAAAGCUGCGACCGACACGGGCGCCAAGGUUGCCCAUGACAAGGACGAGGACCUGCCGGGUAUGGGGCAGCACUACUGCGUCCACUGCGAUCGACACUUUUCUUCGGCUGAUGUAAGGGAGAAACACAACGAAACACGGCCACAUAAAAGGAGGGUAAAGCUUCUGGCAAAAGAAGCUCCACACACGCAACUUGACGCCGACCUAGCAUCAGGCAUGGGCAAGCCCGACAACGGGCCUAGGUUACGGUCGUCAAACGCCCCUGGCAUCUCAAUCGCGCCCAUGGCUGUAAGCUUUUGAGUCCGAUGGCUGCUAGCGAUAGUUGUGUUUUGUUAUUGCUUCCAAGGUACGAUUCCUAAGAAACGUCUAGUUGAGAAGUGUACCUUGUAGGAGGAUCAGAAAUGUACAUAGAUACUGUGGUCUGCAUGUGCUCUCCGUUCAACAUUGAGAAAUUCAAGUCUCAUAAUGAUGCGCUUACUGAUUCCACAUUAUCAUACUAAGUAACGGGUGCCGCAU